GCCCACAUCCCCGGGCCGCGCUCUAGGUGAGGCGCCAAGCGGUCUCCGCCUCAGGGUCUGAGGCUGCGAAAGGGGCGUAACAAUGAGUGGUUCCUGCGAGAGGUCUGGGGAGGAUGAAAAGCAGGAGGAAGAGGCGACGGCGGCCUGUGGACGUCUUGCAGGGGUCCCCGAGGCCGAUUCGGACUCCGACCUAGAGACGGAAGGUGCUCGGGGCAGGGGCCAGGCCCGUCUCCUCCCCUUGGCGGCUUCUCCCGCAGGGGUUGUGGGAGGUGGGCUGGGGCCGAGGAGGCAGGAGACCCCUGUCCAGCAGUGCACGUAGCCCUCUGCGGGGUGUCUCCAGCCCCCUGCCCUCCCCUCGGCGCUCCUGGCGGCUUCAGGAACUUUACCAUGAGAAGGCGCUUCUAGAAAGAGGUUAAAAUGGAAAAUCCCGCCAGACAGUACACCAAAGGCUGUCCCGCCCUGAAAUGCAAUCAGAGCUGGGUUUUCCCAAUCCACAGGCGGAUCUGUGCAUGGGACUGCAGGGCUUCCUCAUCUUCCACAGCUUUGGGGGCGGCACUGGCUCUGGGUUCGUGUCUCUGCUCAUGGAGCGGCUCUCGGUGGACUACAGGAAGAAGUCCAAGCUGAAGUUUGCCAUUUACCCAGUCCCCCAGGUCUCCACGGCCAUGACGGAGCCCUACAACUCCAUCCUGACCACCUACACGUCCCUGGAACAUUCUGACUGUGCCUUCACGGUCGACAGCAAAGCCACCUAUGACAUGUCGGCACAACCUGGACAUCGAGUGUCCCACGUACACCAACCUCAGUCGUCUGGGCAGAUCGUGUCCUCCAUCACGGCCUCCCUGUGAUUUGUUGGGGCCCUGAAUGUGUACUUGACAGAAUUCCAAACCAACCUGGUGCUGUACCCCCACAUCCACCUCCCCCUGGCCACCUAUGCCCUGGUCAUCUCAGCCAAGAAGGUCUACCAUGAGCAGCUGUCCGUGGCCGAGAUCGCCAGUGCCCGCUUCGAGCCACCCAAUCAGAUGGUCAAAUGUGACCCUCACCACGGCAAGUACAUGGCCUGCUGCAUGUUGUACAGAGGGGAUGUGGUCCUGAAAGAUGUCAGUGCGGCUCUCGCCACCAUCAAGAGCAAGCACACCAACCAGUUUGUGGACUGGUGUCCGAUUGGAUUUAAGGUAGGACUGGGUGAUGUGGAGUCCUUGUGCCGUCAGGAAGCAGCAGACCUGCAGAAUAAUGCUGCCCCUGAAGGCCCGCAUCCUUUGUGGAGACAACCCCUUUUGACGUCAGCUAGGUUGCAAGGAGAAUAAUUUUAGUAAUUUAUUUCCUACUGCCUUAUACUUUACCAGAUACUUUAUGUUCCCUCAUAUCUUACUGCUACCCUUUAAAGUUCAUGGGGCAAUAUUACCAGCAUCUUACACUUUAGAAAACAGAGGCUGAGGCUGGGCACGGUGGCUUACGCCUGUAAUCCCAGAACUUUGGGAGGCCAAGGCAGUCGGAUCACGAGGUCAGGAGAUCGAGACCAUCCUGGCUAACACGGUGAAACCCCGGCUCUACUAAAAAAUACAAAAAAUUAGCUGGGCGUGGUGGCGGACACCUGUGGUCCCAGCUACUCGGGAGGCUGAGGCAGGAGAAUGGCAUGAACCUGGGAGGCAGAGCUUGCAGUGAGUCAAGAUUGCACCACUGCACUCCAGCCUGGGUGACAGAGUGAGACUACAUCUC